AUGGCCAGUCUGAGAGCGGGUCGGGGGCCCGCGGGGCCCCGACGGGGACCGACGGCACCACCGCUUCUUCCGCGCGACUUUCGCGCGGCCCGCUGUGGCCCCGCGGCGUCAGCGCCCGCCUGCCCGCCAGUCUGUCCCGGACCGACCAGCGACUCUGCGGGGCCGGGGCGGUCCGAGGGGCGGUCCGGGGGCGGUCCGGGGGGCGGGGUCUCCCAUACCAAGGCGUUUGCCCGCACAGCUCGCACGGGCUCCCCCUGGCGGGGCCCGCAGUGGGGCUGGCCCUUUAAGGGGGUGUGGUCGAGGGGCGGGGGAAGCAAGCGAGACAGAGAAAGCGGCUUCGUCGGCAGCGGCUCGGGCGGCGGCCGCGGGGGACAAAGGGCGGGCGGAUCGGGCGCGGCGUUGGCGGCCCCGGCUCCCGGACCGGGCAGUGGCGGCCCAGGGCCCCGCGUCUACUUUCAGAGUCCACCUGGGGCCGCAGGCGAGGGCCCGGGCGGCGCAGACGACGAUGGCCCAGUGAGGCGCCAAGGGAAGGUCACAGUCAAGUACGACCGUAAGGAGCUACGGAAGCGCCUCAACCUGGAAGAGUGGAUCUUGGAGCAGCUUACACGCCUCUACGACUGCCAGGAAGAAGAGAUUCCAGAGCUGGAAAUUGACGUGGAUGAGCUGCUGGACAUGGAGAGUGAUGAUACCCGGGCUGCCAGGGUCAAGGAGCUGCUGGUUGACUGUUACAAACCCACUGAGGCCUUCAUCUCUGACCUGCUGGACAAGAUCCGGGGCAUGCAGAAGCUGAGCACACCCCAAAAGAAGUGAGGGUCCUCAACCCAGGUGACUGGUGGCUCCCACAGGACAAUCGCUGCCCCCCACAACCUCGUAGCAACAGCAAUACCUGGGGGGGACCCCUGCAGCCAGGCCUGGUGCCAUGAGUAGGGCUUCCUGUGCCCCUGAUCCAGGGGCUUCUUCCCCUGCCCCCUCAGUUUUCCAUUUUUGGGGUUUUUUAUUGUUAUUAAACUGACGGGACUUUUUGUGUUUUAUAUUCACUCUGCGGCGCGGGCCCUUUAAUAAAGUUAGGAGAUGCCUUUGAUGCAG